CAGGUAAUGCUUACCAAUCACCCAUCAGAGUCAUAGAUUUGACGGGAAUAAAAAUGGGAGCUCCAUUGGAACAAAGUAGAGUUGUGGAACACAGAAAACCAAGGGAGGAUGCGGCAGUUUCUGUCGACUUGUCUAUGAAAGGGAGACCAGCAACAUUCCAUGAAACGGUGGAGUUGGCAAAUAUAAUAGAGCGGUACCAGUCUCGAGGUCAUCUAUUAGCCACUCUUGAUCCAUUGAAAUUGGCACGCCAGAAUUUGGACAGAGAGAAAGUUCUGGAAAUAAAAAUUCCUGAAGACAAAUCUGUUGUUUAUCCUCUGCCUAAGACAACCAUGAUUGGUAACCCCGGCGAAAAACUACCUCUGGGUGAAAUAAUUGACCGGUUGGAGCGCGCCUACUGCAAAACUCUGACAGCCGAGUACAACUUUGUGCCAAGCGAGAACAAACUAAAGUUUUUGCGCGAAAAAUUUGAGCAGCGCUCCAAAUUUGAACUGAGCAGAACUGAGAAGAUAGAUAACCUGGUUAUUCUGGGAAAAUCUUAUCUGUUCGAGACGUUCAUCACCAAAAAAUGGCCGGCCGAGAGAAAGUUUGGGUUGGAGGGGUGUGAUGCCCUCGUACCCGCUAUUCAUACACUGGUCGAGUAUGGAAGUGAGCAAGGGGCGAGUUCUUUUGUUUUUGAUAUGACGCACAGAGGUCGUCUCAACCUACUGGCAAACAUAAUGAAAAUCCCGUUCGUGCACGUAUUUUCCAACUUCCAACCUGUCAAACUAUCCGCAAAAGACCAGAACACAGCGGGAAACGUAAGGUACCAUUUGGGAGGACAUACAGUUGUUGAGCAUACACAUACUAAGCAGAAAAUUCGUAUCGCUUCCAUUUCAAAUGCUUCCCAUCUGGGAACUGUGACCGCUAUUGCGAAAGGAUACGCGUAUGGGGACAGCCAUUUCAAUGAGCAUAAGGACCAGAAAAAGGUUUGGCCAAUAAUAAUUCACGGUGAUGCGGCCAUCAGUGGGCAAGGAGUAGUCUACGAAUUGUUCAAUUUGUCUGAUUUGGAAAAUUACAAUUCUGGUGGAACUAUACACAUUAUAACAAACAAUCAGAUUGGUUUUACAACGAAAUCAUCCAACUCUAGGUCGACCGAAUACUGUACAUGUAUCGCCAAGGCUAACGAUGUGCCCAUUAUACAUGUGAAUAGUGGAGACAUAGAAGCUGUCGUAUAUGCGAUCAAAGUGGCUGUUGAGUACAAGGCAAAAUUUGAGAGAGACAUAGUAGUGGACAUAAAAGGUUAUCGGCUCUAUGGUCAUAAUGAAGUUGAUGAACCAUUCUACACACAACCAACCAUGUAUUCAGUCAUUAAGAAGAUGGAACCCGUAUAUUUGACCUAUCGCAAAAAGUGUAUUGAUGAAAAGGAGGACAAAAAUCAGUUACAAGUUCCUAAAACCGGGGUGUCAAAAGAUGUAUUGGAUGUAAUUGGCAAAGCCAUAUCGACACCUCCAAAGGACUUUGACGUGCAUCGCGGCAUUCAGCGAGUGUUUCAUACACGCCAGAAACAUUUGAAAGAGGGCAUCGUUGAUUGGGCUUUGGCUGAGGCAUUUGCGUUCGGGUCUUUGCUACAGGAGGGCGUGUUGGUGCGUCUGAGCGGCCAGGACGUGGAGCGUGGCACAUUCAGCCACAGACAUCACGUGAUACACGACCAGACGACGGGAGCCACACGCAACAUGUUGCACAGCAUGUUCCCGCAACAAGCCGACUAUGUCGUCAGCAACAGUCCCCUCAGCGAGUAUGCCGUGCUCGGCUUUGAGUACGGAGUCAGUCUGACAAGCCCCUAUGCACUGGUGAUGUGGGAGGCGCAGUUUGGUGAUUUCUGCAAUGGCGCCCAGGUGAUGAUCGACCAGUUUCUGGCCGGCGGGGAGAGCAGGUGGUACCGACAGAGUGGCAUAGUCAUGCUGCUGCCACAUGGCAUGGAAGGUAUGGGACCAGAGCACUCUAGUGCCCGCCCAGAACGUUUCCUGCAGAUCUGCUCGGACAACGACUCUCAGCCAACGACAGACGCCGCUCGGCAAAUGGCGGCCGCCAAUUGGCUGCUGGCCAACCCAUCCACCCCCGCCAACAUCUUCCACCUGUUGAGGCGUCAAGUGAAGCUCAACUACCGCAAGCCGCUCGUCGUGUUCACGCCCAAGUCGCUGCUCAGGCACCCGCAGUGUGUGUCCUCCAUUCAACAGUUUGUCGGCGACACUGAAUUCGAAGCCUACAUCCCAGACCCCCUCCUGAAACCUGAUAAAUCCGUCUCAAAACUGAUCCUCUGCUCCGGAAAAGUGUACUAUGACCUAGUAGCCGCCCGAAAGGAAAACAACAAAGACAACGAAAUCGCCAUCGCACGGGUCGAACAGAUUUUCCCUCUGCCCUAUGAGAAAAUCACCCAAGACGCCCUGGAAAACUUCCCCAACGCUAGUGUGUUGUGGGUGCAAGAAGAGCACAAAAACCAGGGAUGUUGGUCGUUUGUGGCCCCUCGAUUGAAUAGGGUUCUGGGGAAAUUCAAGGGGCCCAUCACCUAUGUGGGGAGACCCCCCUCCUGCGCCCCCGCUACUGGGUUUAGUAGUGUCUACAACAGGGAGAAGAAUAACUUCAUAAAUACUGCUAUGAGUAUUUGAAAUUUAGUAGAUCAGACUGCAAAGUUUCUUCAUUUUUCCAGAGCUUAAAAUAAUUUGAUUAUUUUAGUAAUAUUGUUAUUAGAAUUGGAAGAAUAAUUAGAUUAAUAACAUUACAAUGUAGAUAGAAUUAGAAAGCAAGUUUUAAGGUUUAAUUGAAGAUUCAGAAACUAAAUCGAACCUACUGCUUAUGGACCAGGGAAACGAAUGGAACAAUACCGUUAGUUCUAAGAGAAUCUAACUGUAUGACAAUGAAAAAAUUCUUCAGAUGAAUGGAAAUGAGUUAAAAAUAAAACUGGACUUUGAAUACUGUGCACAAGAGAUAAAGAGCAGUAACAAAAUUACAACAAAUAGUGCGGACUGAUGAAUUCAUUAUUUUAUGAUAUCUGAGUUUCAUCAAGAAAGUACAGCAUGUUAGAUUAUUCGCCAACUGAAGACAAGAAGCUCUCACAUAUUUCAAGAAUAGAAAGCAGAGCAUGGACAUCAUGCAGCUGUCCCCAUAGUUUUGUCCCAGUGUUUUAAACAUUUUUUGAUUCGAUUUUCUAUUGAACUUAUGACAGCGUUUUGAAUUUCUUAAUAAUUGUUUUUCUGUUUAGCUUUAUUGUAUGCUUUUCUUUCAUUAAAAAUAAAUCCAUGUUUGUUUUGUU